AUGUUGGUGUCGAGAUUAUUCUUAAUACUAGCAUUUUGUUUUAGUGUAUUUGCCAAAUUAUCGGAAGUUUCCAAUAAAUCCUUCAUAACAAGACUUGUCAAACGAAAGGGUAGAACUGGUUCCAGUGGUAGUUCAAUAAGCAGUGGCAGUAGUGGAUCCACUUUGGUUAGCAGUGGUCAAAAAACAAACUGGGGCAACAACCAAUAUCAUUGUAGUGGGUCUACUUGCGGAUAUGGUAAUUAUUAUGCACCUACUGCUGCUGCCGCUGCAGCUGGAUAUGGUACUGCUAGAUAUCAUGGAAAUUCAACAACGACGAGAACUUCCGCAGCAAACAAUUUAUUUUUCCAUAGAGGUUAUUUAAUUGGUAUAGGUCUAACUGGAUAUCUUCUAAUAUAA